AUGUCUACCACCAAGCUCUCUUCUCCCUCCCCCUCUUCCCCCGCCUCCCCCACGAAGCUUUGCUCCAAGACCUACAAGAAGGCGUCCCAGCUGUACCUCACGCGCCGCUUGCCGGAGUCGCUUUCAUCACUUCAGCCAAUCAUUGCUGGCGAAUCACCACAAGAUGAACAGUACACCAAUGGCGAUUAUGUGGCCGCGGUCGCACCGAUCGCAAUUGCCCCCAGCACGUGGAGAAUCAAGCGCAAUAGUCGACCUUGGCGCAGAGGAGGGGAAAACCAGUUCGGCCAGAAGGAAUGGAAGAACAUGGCGACUCAAGUCCGCGAGGGCGGAAUCUGGGACACCGUCGUUCAGAUUGGCUACCAAGGCCGCGAAGGCUCCGUGGAUGCGGAGGUCGUUUAUAACCUCGCCACAUUGCUUCUUACCCACUCGUCCUCUCAAACUCUGAACCAGCAACGCCUCGAAACAUACCUCUCAUCCUACGGACAACCCAAUCUCGAUCUUGCCGAGCGCCUACAAGAUGUAUCCAACGGCUUCCAGCAGCAGCGCAUGGCCGCGUCGAGUGGAGCUGACACACCGAAGGACCUAGCGGCUCGAGUGCGGAUCAUCGAGCUCUUUACCCUGCAUGUGCUUCCCCGAAACGAAGAAUGGGAGUACGCGACCGAGUUCAUCAAUCUGAGCGAAGUUUUGGACGAAGAGCGCAAAGAGCUGUUCCUUCAAACAUUGGAAGGCUUGAAAGAAGAGAAAGAAAGAGGCGAACUUCGCGCAGCUGAAUUGCAACGCCAGAAAGACGCCGAGCUGGACCGGCAACGGGAUGACGAGCGCCGACAAGCAGAGGAGGCUGCCGCCGCAUCACAACCGAAAGCCAAUGGCCACAAGCGGAAUACCAGUGAAGUGGACUACGGGAUCGAGAAAAGCAGCCCGCGCAGCGCUUCCAAGGGCAAGGGGUCCAAGUCGGCAGACAAGUCGCCUAAUGGCAAAUCCUCGGCCCGAACCGCCCUCUCAUCCAGCUCCAAGAAUUCCAAGAAACAGCUCAAGCCUGAGCCUCGCAGCCAAUCCCGAGCUGUGGCUAAUGCUAUACGCAACUUGUUCAAGCACAUCGUCCAGAGCGUGUCUGGGAACCCGAUGUCAAUAGUUCGCACCUUGCUUUUCCUACUAGGUAUCCUGAUGGCGAUGAGCCGGCAAGACGUGCGUGAGCGAGUCCGCAGGAUCACGGGUGGUGCGUGGCAGAAGGUAAAGGGCACAGUCGGAAUGGGCGUUAAAGUGAGCUACAUUUAA